UCUAGAAGGGCACGUACGGGAUAAUGAUCGAUUACAAGCGGCCCAACUAUCUGAGGAUCUUCGUCGCCAGCUCCCAGACUGCUUGAAAAUCGUUUCUCGGAUACUGGUCAAAAUGGACGAGAAUACGCGGGUUGAAAUUCUUGACAAAUUUUCCACAGUCAAGUUUAAAAGCCAUCACAAAUCCGUUCAUGAUCAGAGGACUGCAGAUACGGGGAAUUGGUUGCUUCAAACCUCGAAAUUUCAAGAAUGGCAAGCCGCCAAGAGUUCAACCAUUACUUUGCUGUAUGGUUCACCGGGUGCUGGAAAGACGUUUUUGACUUCACGAGUCAUUGAUCACGUCUCAGAGGACAUUAAUUGCCCAGGAAGCAACAAGGGCUUCGCAUAUUUCUACUGCUACCGGAACGACAAGAAACGACGCCAGCCACAGAGUAUUCUAUCUAGCCUGGUUCGGCAGUUUGCAUCGCCUGUUGGAAGGCGAGAUGAAAUCCAUCAAGGCGCCCGAAACCUCGCCAAGAAACUUCAAGACGAGUGUCUGGAAAUGGAUGUUCAAAUGAGCAAAGACUUGCUGGUUGAUCUUGUCACAUCCUACCAAUCGUCCACAAUCGUUUUAGAUGCGUUGGAUGAAUGCGAUGAUGAGACGAGAGGCCAAUUGAUGGAUUGUUUGACGUUCUUGAUGAGGCAGAGCCUAAACAUCAAGAUUUUCAUCUCAAGUCGAAUGGACUAUGACAUUGAAAGACAUUUUCGUUCACAACCAAUGAUCAUGAUUCAGGCAACAGAUAAUAAGGGUGAUAUUGAGACCUUUAUCAGAGAACGACUGGCCAGUGAUGCCGCUUGGAAGGAUGCAAAACUCGAACUGCGGGAACACAUCACAAUCACACUCAUUCACAGGAGCAAAGGCAUGUUCCAGUGGGUUGCUCUACAAGUUCAAGAAAUCCUGAAAAUAAAGCACCGGGACAAGGGGGCUAUUAAGAAAUGUCUUGACAGUCUGCCAACCACGCUCAGCGCAGCCUACGGGCAGAUUUGGAAGAAAAUCAAUGAACAGAGUGCGCAAGACCGAGAGUUGGGCAGGCGCGCUAUUCGGUGGGUUCUCUGCGCACCCCGUCCUCUAUCGACAAACGAACUUGCGACAGCCAUGAUGAUUGAUUAUGAAACGGAAAACCUCUAUGACAUUGAGGAGAAGCCGACCGCGGAAGUCAUCAGAGGUGUUUGCUACAAUCUCUUGGUUUUCGACAAGGAACAAAGGCGGUGGCGGUUUUGCCAUUUAUCGGCGGCAGAAUACGUGGAAUCAACGCUUAUGUUUGAGCUUCAACCUCAUUAUUAUGCUGCAGCAGGGUGCCUCAAAUAUCUUAUUUCUCGACCAAGUGAGGACACACAAUUUGGUGAUCAUGUCGGGCGAUUCUGGCAACGCUCAAGCACCUUGUCAAGCAGUUUUUAGGUUCAGCCGACCAGAGUACCAAGGCAUAUCAA